AUGGUGAAGGCGUAUUUGCGCUACGUCCACGAAGAGGCCUUCGGCCUCAAUUCCUCUCCGCAUGCUAACGUCUCCUUCUUCCGUCCGUCUGCUGCAGGCCGGUCGUCUUUUGCCUACGCGCUAACGUGCACUGGGGCGUCGGUGACGCUGUGGAAUACGUCCCGCCAGUGCCGUCUUGUGUCCUUUUCUCCACCUCCGUCGCUCUCGUCCACCUACCACCACGCCGUUCGUAUCGCUCUCUCAGCGAGCCAUUCACACCUUGCAGUCGGCUACAGCGACGGCAGCAUUCGCGUCUGGGAAGCGCCGACCGCGUCGGACCUCGCUACUCUCGCUGCUUCGCCGCUUCCGGCUUCUGGUGUCUCUGCAGCUCCUCACGUCUUCUCUCCACCUCCCGGUCUCACGCUUCAAGGUCACCGGAGCGCAAUCACCGCCUUGUGCUGGGGACCUGGCGACACACAACGGGUGCCUUACGAGAAGCGAGGCGACGGGCGCACCGUCUCUCUUUCCGCUGCGCAUGCGAUUGCCUUCGAGCAUCUCCUCAUUUCAGGAUCUGCAGAUGGAGACAUCAUUGUCUGGGACCGCAUCGCGGGCGUCGGCCUGCACAGACUGCAUGCGCACGCCGCUCCAGUCACGCAAGUCCUCGCCCUCAAGAGAGCAGCCAAGGCAGACUUCCGAGGAGAGGCAGGCGGAAGAGCUGGGGAUGGGUGCGAGAACGACGCGAGCGAGGAGACGACUCGGAAGCGCCGAAGAGACACAUCUGAGGACGUGCAGCGCACGGAUGACGCGGCAGGGCCCUCUCGACAUGGUCAACGCGGAAAGCGGAAGUUGAGGAGAGGCGGGCACGAGUCAGCCAAUCCUUUCGCGUCCACCGAGUCGUCGCUGUCGAUGGCUUCAUUCCAGGCAGUGGAGGUUUCUGGAACGAGCCGGGAAACCGGUUCUCUGCCGGGGUCUGGGCUGCUUCUCGUCUCGGCAGGGAAGGACGGUCUCGUGAAAAUCUGGGACGCAGAUCUCGAGCUGUGUCUCCAAACGCUCGUGGACGCUGCCACAGGGGCUUCGGGCGCACGAGAGGCGUGGAGUCUCGCAGUGAAUCCCCAACAGACGCGCCUCGUGGUUGGAUGCGGCGACCAGCUUCUUCGCGUCUACGCUUUGCAUGGCCUCUCCGCGGCCGAGCCGCGGGUCUCCGGAAGGCCGGGCGAGGCAGAGACGAAGCAAGGAAAGGUCGGAGACGCUGGAACCGACGAACGCGGAGCAGAUGCGGAAGCUCAGAUCAACCGCCACACGCACCUUCGUUGCAUUGCGGGUUUCUUAGGCUUUCUGCGCCGCCCUUCGGGGGGCCAGAAGAAAACGACGUGUCUCCAGUUCGUCACGUGGACGGUGCGGGGUGGAGGAAAGAAAGAAAGACGGAGAGGAGACAGAGGCGAGGACGGAGAGGGAGAGGAUGUGGGAGGGGAGGAGGAAGAGGGAGUCCUCGUUGUUGGGAGUGGAAACAGUCGCAGCGUUGAGGUGUUCAAGGUCUGUGGAGAGACGGAGAGAAGGAAAAGGAUGAAGAGAAGGCAGAGGCGCAGCGAAGAGAAGAAGAAAAAGCGAGAGCAGAAGGCACGAGAAGCCGGCAGCGGACCUCACCACUUGGACGACGAAGAGAAGGAAGAAGAGGCUGCCGGUCGCGUGACAGACGAAUUCGUCUUUCUCUCCCGCCUUCACACGGCCAGCGUCAUCAAAACGUUUCAUCUCCGAGCUGGCUGUGCACCUCAGCAGGUCGCGUCAGACAAACUCGCAGGAACAAAGGACCGACUAGCGGCUGGCGGUCGGAGCGGCACGUCAAACACGGAGGUCCAAGUGCUUCUCGGUCUUGCAGACAACGCCUUUGAAACGUGGAAAGUAGACGUUCAGCAGUUAUCCGAUCGCCUUUCGCAGAAGACACCUGAGGAGAGCGAGACGAACGGCGCGGCACGCAACGGCGACGAAUGCUUCAAGCAACUCUGCCGCGUUUCCGCCGGGGGCCACCGGGGCACUGUUCGCCACCUGUCUGUCAGCCAUGACAGCGCGUAUCUCCUCUCGAUUGCCGACGAGGGCUUUAAAGUCUGGACGACACACACGCGACAAUGUGUGAAGAGCGUAUCUCUUGACCUGCCGCUCUGCGGCUUCUUCGUCGCCGGAAACGAUCAUGUGGUGCUCGGCACCAAGUGCGGAGAUCUGUACCUCUACGACAUCGGUGCAUGCACUGUGCGACAACACCUCGGGCGUGCGCACACUGGGGCCGUCAAUGCGCUUGCUGAGCACCCAAAACACACCGGGUUCGCCUCGAUUUCUGCGGACAAAAGCGUGAAGUUGUUUGUCUUCCACCUGACGAGCGAGACGCCGUCUCCGUCUGGGAAGAAGAGCAAGAAAGAGCAGGCGGCUGCCGCGGGAAGCGUCGUUCAGUUCCGGCAAGUCGGAAGCCUUCCGCUCCCAGACCAGGGGUUGGAUCUGCGCUACUCGAUGGAUGGGAAAUUUCUGAUAUGUGCGCUGCUUGACAUGACUGUCCUCGUCUUCUAUUCGGACACCUGCAAGCUCUUCCUCUCUCUGUAUGGCCAUCAACUUCCAGUCCUUUCCCUCGCGGUCUCCUCCGACAGCACGCGCCUCGCAACCGGAAGCGCAGACAAAACCGUCAAGGUCUGGGGCCUCGACUUUGGAAAUAUCCAACACAGUCUCCUUGCCCACGACGACGCAGUCACUCAGGUACUCUUCCUCUUCGGCACACACUACCUGUUGAGUGCGUCGUCGGACGCCUCGUUGAAGCUGUGGGAUGUGGAUCGGCAGUCUUGUCUCGUCACGAUUCUUCCCUCGGUGUCGAACUCGCCGCUGCGGUGUUUGGCAGCUAGCCAAGACGGCGACCGCGUGUUUGUGGCUGACGCGAGUCGCCUCCUGCAGUGCUGGCGGCGCACGGGUGAGCAGAUGUUUGCAGAGGAGGAGGAAGAGAGGCGGUGGGAAGAGAACGCCGAGCGGGAGGCCUUGAGAGAAGACGCGAUCUUGACGAGCACAGCCACGAGCGCUGCGGUGGUCACGGAUAGAACCAGCAAGCGAACCAUGGAGACGGUCCGAACGACGGAACGACUCAUGGAGGUUCUCGAUGAGGCCCGAGAGCAACAGGAAGCCGACGAAGCGUACGCAGCUGCUCUGCUCGCCUGGGAAAGGCGACGCAAGGAACUUGUGCAGAAACAGGCGUCGCGGCGACCCUCAUCGAAAGGUGAAGAGCGGUACGCGCUGUCUGUACAGGACAGAGAGGAAAAGGCGAUAGAAGGCCUGCCGCCUCGACCGGUUCCGCCACCCGGCAAAGUGGAGCUAAUGGGGAAAACUGCUAUGGAGCACGUCCUGCGGGCUGUCGCAACUUGGAAAGCAGGCAACACAUUCGAGGUACUUGUUGCUCUGCCGUUCGACUACGCCUACCGGCUUCUCGAAUUCUUAGUUGCGCACCUGUCUCUGCUACACGUCUUGACUACACCCGGCAAGCAGAGAGAGACAGAGGCGUCUUCGUUCUCAUCGCUGGCUUUCUCGCAAGAGCAGAAGAAGCCGCGUCGGAUGCAAGAGAAGGAAGAGCAUGCAGAGGGACAGGACACAGAAGAGCAAAGACCGGCAGAUGCGAUUUUGUGUCUUUGCCCCAUUGAAAGCGUCGCGCGCGUCGCUCUCAUUCUUGUUCAGCUCCACUUCAGGCUGUUUCUCGCCUCGCCGAAACAGCGACAAAUCCUUGCACGCCUCCAGGGUUGCCUGCGUCCGCUCCUCGUCCGCGAGAGGGACCGCAUGCGAUUCAACAGCGCGGCGCUGACCUUUUUGCAGAGGAAAAUGGACCAGGAACGAUUUCAGGCCCUCCCGGAAGUAAAGUUGCCUGGGUCCAAGCGGCAAACAGCAGUAUCUUAUUGA